AUGGUAAGUGGCCCAUCUGGUCCAUCAUGGCUAGCAGGGUGCAAGGAGCAGAGAAUUCUCACUGUAGACAGGCAACAUGUUUAAAAGAGUCUCUAGCAAUAGAGAUAUUCACAUAUUGUGACUAUUAAGGCGUUAAUAAUAAUAAUAAAACAAAUUGCUAGAUGUUCCUUCAUGGAUACAAUGUGUAUAUGUGAUCUGAGUUUAUUAGAGCGAGGAUUAUACUAAGAGAGUGUCUAGUUAUCUGUGUGAUCGGUUGCUGGUGAAAUUGAGAACUCUUCCCUAUUGUUGGAGCUGUAGAACAAUGGAUGGCUUGUUAGCCUAGAAAGGGUUGCAAGAAGGGUGGUGUCGUGUGAGUUUGGAGAUAGACAUUGAACUGUAGGCUAUUGUGCAGCCUUGCUAGCUCCCAUGCUGGGUACUGCUUAUUGUCAUUUUACCGGAUUAAUGGCUGGCUAGCUACAAUGCGGGCUACUGUUUAGUCUCAUUUUAUAAUGGCUGGCUAGCUCCAAUGCUGGGUACUGCUUAUUUUAGAAGGGUGCUACCUCCCUCCUAAAUCGGUAUGGGAUUCUUGCAGGGUUCAACCAUCCCCAUUGACCCUGCUCCUUUGGAUGGUUCAAUAAUGACAAUUGUGUAUAUAGUGAUACUAUUUUCCACGUUUUUAAUUUGUUUUAACAACGCUUCGAUCAAGAAUUUGGAAACAUAGGUGGUUACAUUCCAGUAGAAUGCGAUUAUGUUCUGAAAUGGCUUCAGCGUGGCGUCUGCAGAGCAUACCACGCCCUGUCCACGGAGACUGCAAUCAUGUAGCUAGAAGCAGGAUCAUUCCAUCAGAACCCUCAUCACAGUUUCCUGGCAAGCAGUGUGUAUCACUUAUACAAGAAUAGUAACCCUUUAUCAGGAAAACAAAUCCAUGGCAGGAAGUUCUCAGGCCGGAACGUUACUCUUAUUUACAAAAGAAAGUGCUUUGUUGUGACACGCAAGCUGAUGGUGAUUGAUGUACCCGGGGCUCUCAGAUGUUUUGUAUGUGACAUAGGGUACCACGCGGCGCAAUGGCAAAAUGUCAUGAGAAUAGAUGCGAUAAGUGUGCAUAUCUGCUCAUAUAAAAUGAUGAAUUUCAAUACUCCAGCAUUAUACAAAGCAUGCAUUGUGAACUCGCUGCCCUUCAUUUCCUUAUCUGAGGUCAGGGAAUAUUGGCAGAAGGCAUGGAAUGAGAUCACCCGGUACAAAGCACUGAAUGACAGUGGGGCUGCAAUGAUAAAUAACACACGGUAUAUCCUAUUAUUAUUCCUGCUAUGAUUUUUCUUACGAAUUUAAUAGAAUAGUUGAUUUUCUGCAGUUGUGUUUAACCCCUUAAGGACCAAACGUCUGGAAUAAAAAGGAAUCAUGACAUGUCACACAUGUCAUGUGUCCUUAAGGGGUUAAGAAUAUGUUCGAAAUGUAAUAAUGGCAUUAUACCAUAGUUAGCAAGAUAUCAUACAAUACCUGCAGUACAGUAGAUAUAGACAAAUUGCCUUGCCAAUGAAUAAUUUGCAUGCCUUUUGUUUCAGAGGGUGUGGCACAUGUACCCAAUCUAGCUUCUUUUUAGGGUAAAAAAUAGGGUUUAAAUAGUGAGGCAUGACCAAUAGGCUUGCACCAACAUACAUAUUAAUUAAAUAUAUUAAAUUAAAAAAUAUUUUUUUUUUUAUCGAUGUAUCUUACAGUAAACCAUAAUAAAAACUGAAAUAAAUCCUGCUAUAAACCAUAGAUGUAACUGGGUGUGUUUUAAUUAUAAUGCAGAUGCAUGAUGUUAUAUCAUCAGAAUUCCACAUGUUUAGUCUCAGCCACAGUAAUGUGUGAAUUAUUAUUUUAAUCUUUGUUUUCUCUUUUAUGUGUACGUUCACAUAGUAAAAAGUGAAGUCUUCAGGACUAUCAUGUUUAUGAUGACAGUUUUAUGAUCUAAUAAAAAGAAUAAACACUGGUAUGAAAAUAAACACUUAGAACCUGUUUGCUUUCUCUCCAUUGUAGCGUGAGUGCAUCUCUAUCCACGUUGGUCAGGCUGGUGUCCAGAUUGGUAAUGCCUGCUGGGAGCUGUACUGCCUGGAACAUGGCAUUCAGCCUGAUGGGCAGAUGCCCAGCGACAAGACCAUUGGAGGAGGGGACGAUUCCUUCAACACCUUCUUCAGUGAGACUGGAGCUGGAAAACAUGUCCCCAGGGCUGUGUUUGUAGAUCUGGAACCAACAGUCAUUGGUAAGUGCAACACAGAACUAUGCUGAUGGACAUCCUUUUAACAAACUAUAUAUAUAUAUAUAUAUAUAUAUAUAUAUAUAUAUAUAUAUACACACAUACACACAAAUUUUCAUAUCUCCAAGUUUGUUUGCAGAAUACUGAUUGAGUCAUGCCUGGCUAAGAAUAGCAAUGGGCAUUUAAUACACAAUAUGAAAGAUGUGUUUUUUAGUUACAGUGUAAUGAGCCAAUGACAUAAUGCAAUUUACAACAGAGCUUUAUUUAAGCCCAUCACAAGUCCAUAUGGGUAGUAAGCUUGACAUUGCCACAGGAGGUUCACAGAGUUUGUACUGUCUGCUGUAGACGGUGCUUUACAAGGUACAUUCUACCAAAUAUAUGGGGGACCAGCUAAACAAGAUUAAGAUUCCAUCUGUUUUACAUUUGUUUUAAAUAUUGGUCACUGAGGAAGUCCAAAACCAGGAAAACAAAUGCAUAGGACCAUUGUUUUAAAAAAAAAAAAAUCUAUUUGAAUAAAAUCACUUUUCUACCUUCUACUCCCUGGAGUUCCCGUAUUUUCAACUACAUUGUUGCCACAAUUGCGAAGAAUCAUUUGGAGGGGACUUUGUGUCCCCAGAUUUGGGGGAAGGCACCAUGAAUGCAUUCAUACAUCUUAAUCUUGCCCGGCUGGUUCCCCAUAUAUUUGGUAGAUUGUAUUGACAUAUGACCUAUAGGAAGGAUACCUACUGGGAGAAUCUGACAUUUAUUUAGAUGUCUUUGUGAUUACAUGGUACAUGCCUGGAAGGAGUCUGCGUAAACUGAACCUCAAUGCACCAAUAGGCUGACUCUCAACCUUAAAGAAGUACUAUAGGGUCACGAACACAAACAUGUAUUCCUGACCCUAUUGUGUUAAAACCACCAUUUACCCCUCCUGCCCCCCACCUCCCUAAAUAUAGUAAAACCUUACUUGUAUACACGUCUGCAGCUGCCGACUCUGCCCAUGCUGACAUCAUCAGAAGUGGUGGUCUGAGCCAAUCACAAUGCUUCCCCAUAGGAUUGGCUGAGACUGUCAAGGAGGCAGAUCAGGGAAAGAGCCAGCACAAGUCAAACACAGCCCUGGCCAAUCAGCAUCUCCUCAUAGAGAUUAAUUGAAUCAAUGCAUCUCUAUGUGGAAAGUUCGAUGUCUGCAUGCAGAGGGUGGAGACACUGAAUGUCAGUGCUGCACACUAGGCAGGACUGCCCCAGAAACUACCUCCAGUAUCCAUAUGAGCAGGGCCGGCGCGUCCAUUAGGCGGCACAGGUGGCCGCCUUAGGGCGCACGGGCUCUGGGGGCGAAAUAUUUCAGUGACCGGCAGGAGGGAAGCCCUCCCUCCUGCCAGGCCACCAUCUCGACCCCCGGCGUGGCAGUGCUGUGAUCAGGCGCGGCAAGGGAGCUCUAAUCUCCACCCUCUGCUCCCUCUCGCACUGCCUACUGAUGCCACGGGAGCCGGAAUAUGACGUCAUCAGUAGGCAGCCUGCGAGGGAGCAGAGGGUGGAGAUUAGAGCUCCCUCGCCGUGCCAGCACAGCACUGCAUGCCUCUCAGCAUCCCCAGGGACAGAUACAUCAUCCACACCAGCUCUCCAGGUAGGGAGGCUGGGUGGAAAAUGUGUAUUUAUAAAAUAAUUAGUGAAUGUAUGUGAUGUGUGUCUGUGAGUUACAGCGUGUGUGACUGAGUGUGUGUGUGUCUGAGUGACUGAGUGUGUGUGUGUGUGAGUGACUGAGUGUUUGUGUGUCUGAGUGACUGAGUGUGUGAGUGAGUGAUUGUAUGAGUGUGUGUGUCUGAGUGACUGAGCAUGUGUCUGUGAGUGACAGUGUGUGUGAGUGACUGUGUGCGUCUGUGUGUGUGUCUGUGAGUGACAGCGUGUGUGACUGAGUGUGUGUGUGUCUGAGUGACUGAGUGUGUGUGUGUGAGUGAGUGAUUGUAUGAGUGUGUGUGUCUGAAUGACUGAGCGUGUGUCUGUGAGUGACAGUGUGUGUGAGUGACUGUGUGUGUCUGUGAGUGACUGUGUGUGUGUGUGAGUGUGUCUGUGUGUCUGUGAGUGAUUGUAUGAGUGUGUGCAUGUGAGUGUAUGGGUGUGUCUGUCAGUGUAUGAUGAGUGUGUUUGUCAGUGUAUAAGUGUGUGUCUGUCAAAUCAGUGAGAGUAUGUUGGUCAUUGAGUCUGUGUGUGACUAUCAGUGUGUCAGUCAAUGAGUGUCAAUCAGUGUGGGUCUGUCAGUGUCAAUGAAUGAGUGUGUCAGAUCAAUGAGUCUGUGUCUGUCAGCGACGUCUGUGUGUUUGUCAUUGAGUGUGUGACUGUCAGUGUGUACAGAGUGUAGUGGAGCAGAGCGCGGUACAGGAGCUUCUGUUUCCUGUACCUGGCCAGACUGACAGGAGGUGCUCACAGAGAGAGCACUCCCUGUCAGUCCGGCCGGGUACAGGAAACUGAAGCUCCUUUAGGGGAUCUGCUCCGCUCGGCAAUGCAACAAUAGAGGUAGGAGGCACACCAGGAAGCAGAGUGUGACCACUAAAGGGGUGUGGGGUGCACCAAGGGACAGGGAGGGAAUGGGAGAGAAACACCAAGAGACAGGGAAAAAAGGGGGGAGGGGAGAAGAACACUAAGGGACAGGGAAGGGAAGGGACCACUAAUGGGCGGGGAGGGGAGAGGGGCUGGUUAAGAGGCACAUAGGUGAAGAUUUUUUGGGGGGGAGGAGGGGCGGAAAAAUGCAUCUUCGCCUAUGUACCUAAAAAUCCAAGCACCAGCCCUGCAUAUGCGGAGUGCCCAGUGGUGUUAUUACUAGGCUGUAAUGUAAACAUUGCAUUUUCUCUGAAAAGACAGUGUUUACAGCAAAAAGCCUGAAGGGGAUGAUUCUACUCAUCAGAACAAAUAUGAUAAGUUGUAGUUGUUUUGGUGACUAUAGUGUCCCUUUAAUAAAAAGGAACUACAAUGAUGUUAGAGACUACUUUCCACCAUUAAACAACACAUUUCUAUUAAACAGAACUUGUAUUAAUGAUGGUAAUGUUUUCUUGAGCAACUUUUAUUAUGCACAUUUUGUAAACUAAUCUGACUCUUGUUGUUUUUCAAUUCCCUCCCAUUUAAUUGCCUGGGCCUUUGGCUGGCAUAUGAUUAUGGGCAUUUAAGUUAAUCACCAUUUAGAGGGCAAAAUAUGGACAACAUCUGUAGCUUUUAUGCAAUAGCAGUGUUAAUUCUAAUAUAAAAGCAAGGGAAGAACUAGAAAAUGUUGAUAAACCAUGCAUGUCAAGCUUUAUAGCUUGGGUUGCACUUUUUAUAUGUGAAUUAUUUGUUUAACUGAUAUUUAGUAAUUUAAAGUCAUUUUUUAAAUCUUUGCAGAUGAGGUACGUACUGGCACAUACCGCCAGCUGUUCCACCCAGAGCAGCUUAUCACUGGCAAAGAAGAUGCAGCCAACAACUAUGCUCGUGGACACUACACAAUCGGCAAAGAGAUCAUCGACUUGGUUCUGGAUAGGAUUCGGAAACUGGUAAGUAAAAAAAAUCGUGUUGCAUUUUUAAUAGUUCAUUAGAAGGUGAAUAGAAAACUAUACUAAAACAUUAAUAAUGCAAUAAGUAUUAUUUGUAAUGUGCUUAACAGAGUAUUUAUUUAUCUACAGGCUGACCAGUGCACAGGUCUUCAGGGUUUCCUGGUCUUUCACAGUUUUGGUGGCGGCACUGGUUCUGGAUUCACCUCCCUGUUGAUGGAACGUCUCUCUGUUGAUUAUGGGAAGAAGUCCAAGCUGGAGUUCUCAAUCUACCCUGCGCCCCAGGUCUCAACAGCUGUGGUUGAGCCCUAUAACUCCAUCCUGACCACUCACACCACCUUGGAGCAUUCAGAUUGUGCCUUCAUGGUGGACAAUGAGGCUAUCUAUGACAUUUGCCGCAGGAACCUAGAUAUUGAGCGUCCCACAUACACCAAUUUGAACAGGCUCAUAGGUCAGAUAGUGUCCUCUAUUACAGCCUCUCUCAGGUUUGAUGGUGCCCUGAAUGUUGAUCUUACUGAAUUCCAGACCAACUUGGUACCCUAUCCUCGUAUUCAUUUCCCUCUGGCCACUUAUGCCCCUGUUAUUUCAGCAGAGAAAGCUUACCAUGAGCAGCUCUCUGUUGCUGAGAUCACAAAUGCCUGCUUUGAGCCAGCUAAUCAGAUGGUGAAAUGUGACCCACGUCACGGUAAAUACAUGGCUUGCUGCCUGUUAUAUCGUGGUGAUGUGGUACCUAAAGAUGUUAAUGCAGCUAUUGCCACCAUCAAGACCAAGCGUACCAUUCAAUUUGUAGACUGGUGUCCAACUGGCUUUAAAGUAGGUAUUAACUACCAGCCACCAACUGUGGUUCCAGGUGGUGACCUGGCCAAGGUACAGCGUGCUGUGUGUAUGUUGAGCAACACCACUGCAAUUGCUGAGGCCUGGGCCCGUCUGGACCACAAAUUCGAUCUUAUGUAUGCCAAACGUGCCUUUGUGCACUGGUAUGUUGGUGAGGGUAUGGAGGAGGGAGAAUUCUCUGAGGCCCGUGAAGACAUGGCUGCCCUAGAGAAGGAUUAUGAGGAAGUUGGUGUCGAUUCUGUGGAAGGAGAUGGCGAAGAGGAGGGGGAAGAAUAUUAG